AUGACGAUUAUUCACAAAAAUGGAUCAAUCUUCUAUGAUCGAAGAGCAAAGGUGGAUGAGUUGAAUUUGCACAUCUCCAAGAGUCAGAGGAUUCUAGAAGAAAAGGAGCAACUACUCGAAAAAGAGAAGGAACGACUCGAGAAAGCUCAGGAAGUCUUGGAACGGAAUCAGCUGCAACUCAGUUCAAUUGAAUACAUGAACUGCGAAAUCGAACACCAUACAAAGCAAUGUAAACAUGAGCUAAGAGAACUCUCCGCUGAAUACGUCAAACGCCAGACAAGGCUUCGACACCUACAGCAACGAAAACACGAGCUCGAUCAGAAACAAACUCUCUACAAAACGUUAUUACAGAACGAGCAAGAUGCUUGGUCCCAAUACUUAGAGAAACGUAACCACACCAUUGCACAACUCGAAGACGAGUUAGAACGGAUCACCAAGCAGAAUCAAGAGCGAGAUGAAGAGCUCGACCUAUUGCUGCUUGAGAAGAACGAGCAACAGGAAGAGUUUGAUCGAUUACAGACGCAGUGGAAAACUCAGCGACAAACAGCGAUGACAGUAAACAGAAGGCUGUUUCAAAUCACGAGUAAAAACAUGCCAACGAAGUGGGAUCCAAUACAGGUUGGUCGUGUGUUUGUUUGUAACUUGAAUGUGUGUGUGUACAACAAAAAAAGAACAGCACUUCAAUUGAAAUACAGUGCAAAUGAUAAAAAAGAAGAGGGUAAUGUGGAAAUGUCCCCUUUCAGAAAACAAGACUAUGGAAGCAUUAGUAAGGGCGGUUUUGAUGAUCAUAACACUAUAGAUUGCGACCAUAAAGUGGUACUCACAUUGUAUGGCAAUAUUGAAGAACUGCCUACGAAUCUUUUGCUGUAUCACUAUGUGUAUUUACAGGAAACUUGUGGCGAAAUGAUAGAUAUGGUCGUUACAUUUGAUGAAAGGGGGAGCUCCAAGGCAAUAAGACACGUAAUUUGUGGUGCAUUUAGUUAA